AUGCUCACCUCCAAAGCAUACGCGGGCCCCCUGGGGCUGCCUUCGUCGCAAACACCGACCGCAUCUUAUCAUACCACGACGCAGAAGUCGUCAACAUUUUCGGAAUCACAAACGGGAACAGUGUAUACGAGUCCAACCAAAUCGGAGUUUUCUGAAGCUGACGACGGUCUUGAUGCUGUGAGGUCUUGGGAUGAGAAUCAAGUGAUCUCAUGGCUCCAUAGUAUCAACUGUCAACAAUAUGAGCCGUUAUUCAGGGCGAACAAUUUUAACGGCAACAACCUUAUCGAAUGCGACCAGAAGAUUCUGCAAGAGAUGGGCAUAAAGAAAAUCGGUGAUCGGGUGCGGAUUUUCGUUGCUAUCAAGCAGCUUCGCAACAAGUCUGUGGUCAACAAAAAGCAAAAGAACCUGAGACAGUUGGCAGCUUUGGAAGCCGCUCACCAACAAGCUUCACCUGAUUCCGCCCGCUCGUACAGCGCACGUCAACAAACAUCCAGUGCCGGUCAUGCAUCCAGGACCGGUGAUUAUAGCUAUGGCAGACCUACGUCUCGUCCAGGGUCUCCGCUACGUCCUCAUCGUUACGUUGCUAAUAGCCCUAUGGAUUCAGGGCGAAAGGAUUAUUUAUCCGCGGGCUCAGGCGCCGGACGCAAUCCCGGAACCCCGGUUGAGCGAAUUGGAACCCAUUCGAGGCAGAAUCCUAGCCUUGAUGGGAUGACAAUGGGCUCUUUGCUAAGCAAUGCUCCCGUGAUCAGAGUGAUUUACAGCGGUGGGCAAACGAAAGUUCUGGAUAUUAAGCACUGCAAAACGCCGGAUGAGAUCAUCCUUUGUGUGUUGAAGAAAUUACAACUUCCCGAGCACCAGUAUCGGAAUUAUUGUUUCUACGUCCUUGAUGGCUUGGACCCUGACCCAUCAAAUUGUCGGAGGCUCUCUGACCAUGAGCUCAUGGAGAUAUGCGAAGGUUUCCACAGGUCGGAACGCGGCCGGCUUAUUCUUCGUAAAAUCCAUGCUGGGGAACCGGAUGCUGAGGAGGUGCACCGUGCGGCCCAGCUCGCACUGGACGAGAGCCAACAGGCGCAUAUGAAUGCUCUCAGCAGCUCGAAUGCACGGAACCAAAUGAAAAUACAACAACUGACUGGUGAAUCAUGGCAUAAUAUAAGGCAACCCAUGUCACCAGUUUCUUCUCGUCAUAACACGACUCCUAGCGACCACGAAAUAAGGCCUCCUCAAGUCAGCGAACGUGUCUCCAAGCUAAGAUCCUUCUUUGGUGCCCGGCCACCCAGCGAGAUGAUUAUUCAUGAAAUAUCGUCGUACUUCCCUGGUCAUCAGAGAGAGGACAUUGAGAAAACGAUGCGCAUGUCUGUUCGCAGAUCACAACGGUUGAGCAGAGCAGCCAGUCGAUUAAGCGUCGUCAGUAAUACAAGCUAUGCUUCCAGCCUGCGGGAUGCACCACCCAUCCCUAGUAUCGCCGACACUUGGCUUAAUAAUGGCACACCGCCCACUCGGGCCGCACGGCCGCUCUCGGUUCUUUCGACGAGACCUGGUCUCCCUUCAACAUCGUAUCGGGAUUCAAUCGCAUCCAGUUCCCUCCAUCCACUUCAGGAGGAAUCACCUGUUGAGCCGAAUCGGAAGUCCUACGUGUCGUUCGAUAGUGGAUCCGAUGACCCUAACAAUUCACGUCACAGCCUUCUCGAUGAGAAUGCAAGUGUUGCUGCAACAGAUGGCGGCUCUUUCAAUGAGCGUCUGAGCGUUCUCGUGGCUGAAGACGGGGAGGAAGAAGACGAUGGAUUGGCAGAAUUUUUAGCUGGUAACAACUUCGUCAACUGGAUGAAAGGCUCACUGAUCGGCGAGGGUUCCUUUGGCAGUGUGUUUUUGGCACUUCACUCGAUUACUGGUGAGCUUAUGGCUGUCAAACAAGUCGAGAUCCCAUCAGCAACCAAGGGCACCGAAUUUGACAAGCGCAAGAACAGCAUGGUGGAAGCGUUGAAACACGAGAUAGAUCUUCUACAGGGUCUUCAUCAUCCGAACAUUGUCCAGUAUCUGGGAACUACCGCCGAUGAUCAAUAUUUGAACAUUUUCUUGGAGUACGUUCCUGGGGGCUCUAUUGCUACAAUGCUCAAGCAAUACAACACCUUCCAGGAGCCAUUGAUAAAGAAUUUCGUACGGCAAAUCCUUGCGGGUCUGUCCUACCUCCACAGCAAGGAUAUUAUACACCGUGAUAUUAAGGGGGCGAAUGUUCUCGUUGACAACAAAGGUGGCAUAAAAAUCUCGGAUUUUGGUAUCUCCAAACGAGUUGAAGCAUCUACUGUUCUUGGAUCCCGAGCAAGCAAUGGUGGGGGCCAUAUUCACCGGCCUUCGCUGCAGGGUAGCGUUUACUGGAUGGCGCCCGAAGUCGUUCGUCAGACGGCGCAUACAAAGAAGGCUGACAUUUGGAGUCUGGGAUGUCUCGUCAUUGAGAUGUUCAUCGGGUCUCACCCUUUCCCAGACUGUAGCCAGCUUCAAGCCAUAUUUGCGAUUGGUAGCAACAAGGCUCGGCCUCCAGCCCCAGAACAUGCUAGUAAGGAUGCCGUUGCUUUCUUGGAUAUGACAUUCCAGCUCGACCAUGAGAAGCGACCUGACGCAGACGAGUUGCUCAAGUCGCCCUUCCUUGCUACAACACUUACCUGA